AUGGGGUGGCUGAUCUCCGCAACACUUUUCCUUGUGACUUGGAGAGAAAAUUCUCCGGAGGAUGCAGAUUUGUGGCGUGCAGACCAUUUGGUUCAGGGCACUCGUUAUUGCUGGGUUGCAGGUCGACUGACGAGGUUACCACAUUCGCGUUUGAUCAUUCCUCCAACCGUGGCUCACCAAGAGGACGGUUUGAAUCAGCCUGCAGAGGUCACUUCAGAUGAAGUGACCGAUCUGUUGGAUCCCUUAUUCUCCGAUUAUUUCUUGUAUGCAGUCAAUAUUGCAUCUGGAUUAAUCUUGCUGGUGGAGCCUUCUUUGGUCACUGUUAUCUCCGAUUCUCACGGACUAUCUGACCUCGGUGAACUCGGCAGCAUUGACCUGAGCAACAGCUUGAUUGACCUUUCUUCGACUGAUCCAGUCACCUCAGUGGGCUCUGCCGAUCAGGCCGCUCCUGCCUCUGUUACACACCUUGGCAACGGCAUCACCUCUGUCACAGGCCCCAGCGGACUCGGCCUGAACUCUGCUGUUGGCACAUUAAGCAUGUCGAGUACUCUGCAGGCACUCAGCCGGCGGCGUGAGGGCUUCUUUCGUCGCACUCGAACCCAUAAUCCUCCGAUAUCCGUGCCUCUACCUUCUGCAGAGCUGACUGACGAGGUUCAGGCCUUUCCAGCUGCAUUAAGCGACCAAGUCGGAAACGGCACUGGUGGGUCUAAUUUGAGCCGCCAAACUGGCGGCCGACUGUCAGGUGGACUGUCAAUAGGUCGUGCCAGUCUAAGUCUGGGACCAAUGGCUGUUGCUGGAUUCGGAUCGGGCACGGUCCCGAAACGUGGUUUCCGGCGCAGACCAGGUGCCUGGUUGGCUUGUAUCAGCCUUUUUACAUAUAGUCUGUUUUUUAUGCUCAAUUUUUUACUUUUGCCCAUAUCCGCAGCGAUCUAA